AAAGUUCGACUGCUCAGAAGGAGCAGAUCUCGGGAGGGGGAGCCCAGCCAAGGGGCUGGGCAGGAGGUCUCCGGGGCGGCGGCAAGUGCCGGAGGACCGCAGCCCUGCUGCGCUCCGGAGGCGACGCAGGGAUAGGCGCUCUCUGGAUUGCACCGCAGGCCGAGGGCCGGCUGCCCCCUCUCGGUGCCCGCCCCUCCCCGACGGAGGUGAAGCCACUCCGAAGUUGCCGCCUUAGAGGUGCCGGGGAUGCAACACGCAGACACGUUCCGAACCCUGGGCUCCGCAGGUCCCCGAGUGCGGUGAGAUCGGUUAGUGCCUCACAGCCGGGCCCUGACCGGCCGCAGAUGCGCUGCCGCGGGCGAUGCGCAUCUACCAGGUUCGCAGCCUUCCUGCCUUCCCUCCGCACGCUCUGGUACCUCGCCAGGAGGGGGACAACACGCGCCGGCUCGCCGCCUUGUCUUCACUUUGUAUAAUAAAGGAUGUCAUUAGGUUUACGUGUGGCAUAUGCUAUUGCCCCCACCGUAAAACUAAAAUUAGCAAAAUGUCAGGAAUGGAAAGAUUGAUUCACCCAAGAUGCAAUUAUCAUUUAAAAAGUGCUUGAUUGAGAUGCUGAUGCUCAGUGAUUUAUUCUGCAUACCAUAUACAUAAUUAAAGUAGUGUAGUGGAGCAAUUUAUCAAUCUAGUUUAGACUACGGGGGCAAGGAGCUGCUGCCGCUGCUGCUGCUGCUCUAUGUUUGUUUUAUUAAAAAGCUUUCGGGAUCCGAUCCCGCCCCCUUUUUGCGAGACUGAAACUGAUUAUUUCUUCAACUCGAGAGAAGAGAGUCAUUCGUAUGGGAUUGUGAGAGAGGUAGAGAAAUAGAGACACGGAGAAAGAGAAGAAAAAGGAGGAAGAGAGAGAAGCAGAAAAGGACACCUCAUCAGGAGUGUAGUUUCAACCCCUUUCUCGCCUCCCCCUUCCCCUCCGCGAUGUUUCAAAGGCUGUGAGCUAUUCGUCUUUUCCCAUUCGCCUGCUGCCACUUCCUUCCUGGACGAUCUCAGGACGAGUCCGGUUACUUUUAAUCCGACCAGCAGCUCAGCCACUUUCUCCUCCUCCACGCAGCACACACACACACACACACACACACACACACACUCAUACAAACACUCACACACACACACACACGCACACACACACUCACACGCGCGCGCGCGCGCGAGCACACCCCAGGCACCUUCUGGCUGCUUAUUGGAUUGACUUUGAAGGUUGUGUGUGUGAUUCAAGGCGGUUGCAUGUUGAACCAGGUGGUGAAUAUUUAAGACUGGAAGAAGCAGAGGGAUUUUUUUCUUUUUCCUAUGAAAGGAAAAUAUCUGAAGGACUAGUCUGAUCAGCCAACAGCUAACUGUUUACAAUUUUGCUUUUGAACAGAUACAUACCAUGCCUAACGAAGCUCUGAAAUCUAGGAUAGGAGUUAGAAACAUGAAGAGAUGUUUGAAUAUGAGGACAGUGGGCAUGCUUUCCACUCCGGCUCUUUUUCCAGACUCAUUAGAAACAAAGGUACCAUUUGAAUAGAACAUUUCAAAAGAAGAUCUUCUUAUCUUCUCUUCUGGACCACCCUGGGAAGAAUGUAUAAAGAUGUACCACUUCUUUGAUCAAGAGCAUUAUAAGCAGAUUUAAGCAGUUUUCUAAGUCCCUCUUGGGUGUACGUGUGUGCUUGCCAUUCACACAUCCUGAAAUGAGAUGGAAUGUGAAGCAUGAACAAAAAGAAUAAUAAAAAAGAACAUAGAUGGAAAGAAAUGAAGAUUUUUUACUAUUAUGAAUGUCUUGCCUUUCUUCCCCGUGUACAAAAGGAAGACUUGGCCAGGAACGGAUGCAGGGGACUGUGAUCUGAGUGGUGCAAGUGCUGAAGAAGGAGGUUUGUUUUGAGGAAACAGGAAAGAGGAAUAAAAGAGAAGGGAAAAAUACGUAAUUUUAAGGAAGAAGGAGAGAAAAAAAAACGGGGACUAUGGGGAGAAAAAAGAUUCAGAUUACAAGGAUUAUGGAUGAACGUAACAGACAGGUGACUUUUACAAAGAGGAAAUUUGGGUUAAUGAAGAAGGCUUAUGAGCUUAGUGUUCUGUGUGACUGUGAGAUUGCUCUAAUCAUCUUCAACAGCACCAACAAACUGUUCCAGUAUGCCAGCACUGAUAUGGACAAAGUGUUGCUGAAAUAUACGGAGUAUAAUGAACCACAUGAGAGCCGAACAAAUUCAGAUAUUGUUGAGACAUUAAGAAAGAAAGGACUUAAUGGCUGUGACAGUCCAGACCCUGAUGCAGACGAUUCAGUAGGUCACAGCCCUGAGUCUGAGGACAAGUACAGAAAACUUAAUGAAGAUAUUGAUCUAAUGAUCAGCAGGCAAAGAUUAUGUGCUGUUCCACCACCAAACUUUGAAAUGCCAGUUUCUAUCCCAGUGUCCAACCACAACAGUUUGGUAUACAGUAACCCAGUCAACUCACUGGGAAACCCCAACCUUUUACCACUGGCUCAUCCUUCUUUGCAAAGGAAUAGUAUGUCUCCUGGUGUGUCACAUCGGCCUCCAAGUGCAGGUAACACAGGUGGCUUGAUGGGUGGGGACCUCACAACCGGUGCAGGCACCAGUGCAGGACAACUGCAAUGCCAUCAGAGCCCUUUUCAUCUUUUUAAACUUAAAGAGGAAGUUACCAUUGACAGUUAUAGGACCUCCAUGGCAAGAAUGGGAAAUGGAUAUGGAAACCCCCGCAACUCACCAGGUCUGCUGGUCUCACCUGGCAACUUGAACAAGAAUAUGCAAGCAAAAUCUCCACCUCCAAUGAAUUUGGGAAUGAACAACCGUAAACCAGACCUCCGUGUGCUUAUUCCACCUGGCAGCAAGAGUACCAUGCCAUCAGUGUCUGAGGAUGUUGAUCUGCUUCUGAAUCAAAGGAUAAAUAACUCCCAGUCUGCUCAGUCAUUGGCUACUCCAGUGGUUUCCGUAGCAACUCCUACUCUACCAGGGCAAGGGAUGGGAGGAUACCCAUCAGCCAUCUCAACAACAUAUGGUACUGAAUAUUCUCUGAGUAGUGCAGAUAUAUCAUCUCUCUCUGGUUUUAAUACUGCCAGUGCUCUUCAUCUUGGUUCUGUGACUGGCUGGCAACAGCAACACCUACAUAAUAUGCCACCAUCUGCCCUCAGUCAAUUGGGAGCUUGCACUAGCACUCAUUUAUCUCAGAGUACAAAUCUCUCCCUGCCUUCUACUCAAAGCCUCAACAUCAAGUCAGAACCUGUUUCUCCUCCUAGAGAUCGUACCACCACACCAUCGAGAUACCAACAGCACACGCGCCAUGAGGCGGGGAGAUCUCCUGUUGACAGUUUGAGCAGCUGCAGCAGUUCCUACGAUGGAAGUGACCGAGAAGAUCACCGGAAUGAAUUCCACUCCCCCAUUGGACUCACCAGACCUUCGCCGGACGAAAGGGAAAGCCCAUCUGUCAAGCGCAUGCGGCUCUCUGAAGGAUGGGCAACAUAACAUUAUAACCUAUUAGUUGAGAUUUUUUUUUCUUGCAGUGUGUGUGUGCUAUACUCUAAUGGGAGGGGGGAGGGGGGAAGGGUCGAUAUACAUUAUAUGUGCUGUGUGUGAAAAAAAAAGUCAGGUACUCUGUUUUGUAAAAGUACUUUUAACUUGCCUCAGUGAUGCAGUAUAAGGAUAAACAGAAAUGCUGAGAUAAGCUUGGCACUUGAGCUGUACAACAGAACACUUGUACAAAAUAGAUUUCAAGGCUAAUUUCUUUUCACUGUUGUGCUCCCUUGCAAAAUGUAUGUUACAAUAGAUAGUGUCAUGUUGCAGGUUCAACGUUAUUUACAUGUAAAUAGACAAAAUGAAAACAUUUGCCAGAAAAUGGCAGAUCUUUACUGAGAGAGAAAGCAGCUGUUAUGCAACAUAUAGAAAAUGUACAGAUGUUUUGACAGAUCCAGCAGUUGGGUGGCCAUGAAUUUAUGCUAGAAAGAGACUGAGUCACCUAACAUACUGAAAAUGCUCACAAACAUGCAGGCAUUUUGUUAGAGUAUGGCACUCAGUUAAAAAGGAUCAAACCAUUUCAAGAGGACCAUACUUAUAGAAAUGUUGAGUUCGAGGGCUGACAUACUUGAUUUCAAAAAUUCUGGGUCUGCAUCACUUAUUAAAUAAAAAAGUAUAAAAAUAUGUACAUUACAUUUAGCUUAUUUUCAUAUUAAAAAGUAAGACAGAGUUUGCAAGACAUUUGUGGCUUUUGUAGUUUCCUUAAGCCAAAAUUUGUUCUUUUUCCCUUGAUAGCUUUGCUAAUCUUUUAAGCAGUCCUGAAGAAACAAACAAAAAGGACUUUCUGUAUAGAAAGCUCUACCCUAAGCCUUGAGGAACUCCAUGCUUUGCUAAUCAAGAUAACUGUUUUCUCUUUGCAGAAGUUUUGUUUUUGAAAUGUGUAUUUCUAAUUAUAUAAAAUAUUAAGAAUCUUUUUAAAAAAAUCUGUGAAAUUAACAUGCUUGUGUAUAGCUUUCUAAUAUAUAAUAAUUAUGGUAAUAGUUUUUGUUCUCUUGAUAGUGGGGAAUUAUAUUUGUGCAGUUGCACAUUUAACUAUUUUCUUUUGGUUUUCUUUUAGUGGGUAUACAUUUUACAGAUCAAAGUCAGCUGCUGAAAGACUGAUCUGUAAACAAUUAGACUUUACCCAUAGUGUAACAAAUCAUUUUAAUACAGUAUUUUACAAUCAGCUGGGUGAACUGCCAUCUGUUGUAUAUACUGAUUAGUUCUUUCAUGCUGUUUUGUGCAUUGUAACAAGUUAAGGGCCCUUCUAUUACGUAACAUCCUGCGUAUCUUGUAGUUUUCCAUGGGUUAAAUGACAAAGUGGCAUAACUUGGCCCUUUCUUAUUAAUGAAGCUGGUAUUCUGCCUGUCUGAAUUGAAUGUGCAGCUCUAAUGGCUGUAAGCUACAUGAGUGCAGGUAAAUAUGUAACGAAGCAGCAGAGGGAGGCAAAGGGAGGGAUCAGCACGAAAGUACCUGCUGGAUAGAUUCCUUCCCUCUCACAGACAUAAAACUCUUAAAGAGAUUAUCAGUUAAAGAGUGGUUCAAGAUCAGUUGAUUUUACACAGGCAAUAUUGGCCAUCUGGUUCUUGGUUCUCAUGGACCUCUGCAGUCAUAUCAUCUCACAGUGGGCAUGUUGUUGAGCAACACUCCCUGUGUGUUUACACCAGACUAGGACUUGCUUCAGCACACAGCAUCCACAUUUUCUCCAGCCUCAUAUUGUUCCUUUGACUAAGAUAGCUUGACCAGAGGUAAUGUGUCAUUUCCUUCAAGUCCCUCUUUGUCCCUCUUAUUUAUUAGGAAAAAAAUGUAUAUUCAAGUGUUUCAGUUUCAUCUUUCUGUUGGAGGGAAAAGUGUUUAAGCAAAAUGUUAGUGUCAUAGUAAAAGAGUAAUAUUUCUCCUUUUUUAAGAGUCCUUCUAGGUCUCAACUAUAUACAUUGAUAUUAUGAUGAAAAAUACAGCAGCAACAGCAAAGAACUUCUAAGUGAAAUCCACACUUUUUCCACCUAUACAUGCAGGUGCUGCGCACUGCUCAAUGAUGGAGUGUACCUCUCUGUAGUAGAGAAUGAUGAUCAGACAACAGUGUGCAUUAGGACAUAGGCUCUUCACUUACCAUGACUUUACAGAAGCCUGCCUUACAGGCACUUUCAGCCAUGCAGGGGCUAGUACAUAAUGUGUAAACUCUUUAAGCAGAAUACUGUGUUACUAAUGCAUUCAUCUUACCUCGUGUAGCAAACUGCAGGGUAAACAAAGAUACGCAUGUUUUAAAAAACCCAAAAAAUAAAUUUAAAAACUCAAACAAAAAAAAAAGGUAAAAUGGGGCCCAUAAUUAAUUUUACAAUACAAAAACCACUUUCCUCACCCUCAUAUUAACCUGUACUCAUAUUCUCUUUUGAGAAUUUUAAACUUUAGUGUGUCAAAAAUAUGCAAAUGUAUCACAAAUAUACCUUGUCGUUCCAAGAAAAAAUACAAUUUUAUUGGUAUAGCAGUAGAAACUUCUCAGUGGGGAAGGGGAUUUGGUCUAUUGAUAUAUUAAGAAUAGCCAUAUUAAUAGUUUACCUUGCGAUUUGCCUCAGCAACACAUGAAAAAAAUGAAAGAUAUCAUUUAAUGAAGACGCAGUGUAUAAUAUUACUGCAAGUAACUAAGCAAAAAGUAGCAUGAAAAGUAUUGCCUGGGCAAUUUAUAUUAACUCUGACAGUGAUUUUUUGUAUAAACACAAGUAGAACUGAAUCACAUGGAAAUAAAUGCCAGUUAGCCCUCUUGUUCCUGCUGCAGAAGGCAUCUAACUUAUACUGGCAAAAUUGUGGGGGAUAAUGCAUAUUUGCAAACUGAUCUAAUGAUAAGAAGCACAACUUUGAUUGUGAAGUCACUUUCUGUAAACUAUAACUGUCUACCUUUCUUGUUCCUUUAUCUGUAUCUUACCAUUUAUUGUAUUUGCAAAAGCUAAUUUGGGUUUAUUGUGUGAUUCCUUUGUAUUUAAGGAGCUUGGGGCAGAGCCCUGAAAGAGCAACAUUUACUUUACCUUAACCCAUGCUAUAUGAUGUUUUAGGCAACAUUCUUAAUUGUAAGUUCAAACACCUGAAGUGGCAUUCUAGACAUCUGCAAGUAUUGUUAUAGCUAAGUUAAUCUCUAUUAGAAGGUGUUGUCAGUUAGUGUUUAAUUGCUGGUGACAAUUAUAUGAUAUACUCUAUCUGCACAACAUAUAUAUUGUAUGAAUUGAACCAUUCACGGUAAACUUUGUUCAUUUCAGUGUCUCUCAAAAAUUGUGUUUUAUAACAAAAUGGCUUAUAUUUUUCCCAGAAGAGAAAUUUAGCAAUUUUUAAUGACUAAUGACUAGUGUAAAAAUUACCUGUUGUCCUCAGAUCUUUUCCAGGUAAAGCUAGUAUAAGAAUGGAACUCACAGGCUGUUUCCAAGGAUGUCAACCCUUUUGUAUUGUAUUUGCAAUCCUAUAUACCCACUUUUACCUGUAGUCUAACAGCUGUUUGUUUUCCUUCUUCCUUCACCUUGAAGGUAAAUGCUUUGUAAUUUUUUAAAAGCCACUUGAAACCUCAAUAAAGGCUGUUGCCUAAACAUGGCAUACUUCAUCUGUUCCUGUUUGUGCCAUCUGCUGUGAUGUCGUCAGUUAUAUGGCAUUAAUUUCCUGCCACUACAGGUCUCUUGAAGGACUGAUGGAACACUGGUGUCUGUUAGAACGCUUCACACUGUAGAUGUAAUAAAAGGCUUUUGUUAAAUAUUUUAACCAAAGAUGUGGAGCAAUCCAAGCUUUGAGCCACAGACUUUCUGCAUCAAAACUAUCCAUUUGAUUCUUUUCAUAGUCUCAUGUUGCAUUUCUACCUUCCCUUCUCAUACCUCAGACUGAUCCAUACCUCUAUUUGAUUUUUUUUUUAAAAAAAGGUCAUUUAAGAAAGUCAUUUAAAAAAAAUUUAAAUUAAAAAUGCAGUACUAAAGUCGUCUGUGUAUUUAAUAUCAGACCUGGGUUACUGCAGGCAUUACACUUGGAUUGCUUCAGAUGGUUUGUUGUAUCCUUUUUUCUUUUUUUCUUCUCUUUCAUGGGGAUUUGCUUCCAUAAAAUAAUGGUGAUAACAAAAUAGCUUGUAAAUGGGAGCAUACAAGCAUUUGCAACAAAUAUUAAAGUAGAGGCUCACAGCGGCAUAAGCUGGACUUUGUCGCCACUAGAUGACAAGAUGUUAUAACUAAGUUAAACCACAUAUGUGUAUCUCAAGGGACUUAAUUCAGCUGUCUGUAGUGAACAAAAAUGGGAAAAUUUCAAAAGAUUCUCCUGCUGAAAAUAAGGUAUAAUUUGUAUUUUGCAGACAAAUCAGUAAAGUUACUGGCUUUCUUAGUGA